GUUUGAUCAGCUGUUGUGCGGCACUUCCGCCUGACUCGCUCGAGCGUGUUUACAUGCACACUGCAGGGACAGAAUGGGCAGACCCGCGUGAAGCUUUGCAGAUUAAUAGUAAGUGGACUGUGGUCUCCAGGCCUAUGAGGAGAACCAGCCGAUUCUAACAGACAUGCAGCACCCAAAUUUCGAAACGCAACAUCCGCUGCAGUCGGACGAGCAGGAGACGGGUUACGACCCUCUACAGAACUAUAACAAGAACAGAGAUCAAGAGUCGCAGGACAGUGCUGCGGAGUCUACGUUUCAGUCAUACAGUAAGGAGUGGGAUGACUUGUUUCAGAAUAGUAACUACCUGGCGAGGAUCCGACAAACAGGUAUUAACGGAAGGUUACGGAGCAGCCGGUUUCGCAGCGUGUGCUGGAAGCUUUAUCUGGAUGUACUACCAGAAGAUAAGAGUAAAUGGAUCAGGCGAACCAAGGAGCUCAGAGCACAGUAUGAGAAGAUCAAGGAGACGCAUAUUACAAACCCUCGCAAAGCUGCUGGACAACAGGACCUGGUGGUGAACAACCCACUGUCCCAGGAUGAGGGGAGUUUAUGGAAUAAGUUCUUUCAGGAUAAGGAGCUCAGAGGGAUGAUCAAACAGGAUGUGUUACGAACGUUUCCAGAGAUGCUAUACUUUCAGGAAGAGGAUGUCAGGACGAAGUUGACUGACAUUCUUUUCUGCUAUGCACGAGAGAAUGAGCAGCUUCUGUAUAAACAGGGCAUGCAUGAGUUACUGGCUCCUAUAGUGUUUGUUCUUCACUGUGAUCACCAGGCGUUUCAGCAUGCCAAUGAGACGGCCAAUCCCAGUGAAGAGAUAAGAGUCCUUCUGGAUUCUGAAUUCCACGAACAUGAUGCCUAUGCCAUGUUUUCUCAUCUAAUGGAGACAGCGGAGCCCUGGUUCAGUAGUUUUGAGCGGGAGGUCAGAAAGGGCAAAGAGGAGAUGUUAACCAGCAUCCCCUUUGCAAGACCACAAGACACUGGCCCAUCUGUUGCUAUAGUGACCAAAGUCAACCGAAUUCAGGACCAGCUUGUAAAGAAACAUGACGUUGAACUGUACAUGCACCUCAACAGAUUAGAGAUAGCACCCCAGAUCUACGGAAUUCGCUGGGUUCGACUGCUGUAUGGUCGGGAGUUUUCUCUGCAGGAUCUGUUGGUGGUGUGGGAUGCUCUUUUUGCAGACAGCAUCACAUUGGACCUGGUGGAUUACGUGUUUGUUGCAAUGCUUCUGUACAUCAGAGAUGCAUUGAUCGCUAGUAACUUCCAGACGUGUCUCGGGCUUCUGAUGCACUAUCCUCCGAUUGGAGACAUCCACUCGCUGCUGCUGAAAGCACUUUUCCUUCGAGAUCCUAAGAAUAAUCAUCGGCCAGUGAACUUUCAGUUCCAACAAAACCUUGACUACUAUAAAACAAGAGGGGCUGACCUUGUCAACAAGACUCAGGCCAGCACGAAAGCGGCACCUCUCAACAUUAAUAAAGUGUCCAGUUCUCUUCUCAAUUUUGGUCGAAAGCUCAUCGCUCCAAUUGGAGGCGCCUCUGGCGGUAUCUCACCAAUCAACAGUGAGGUGGUAUCGGCUCCACCCCCUCAAGCUCCGGCACCACGCCCAUUGGUCGAGCCUUCUUCCAGCACCGCUCCCUCCAACACUCAGAUGAGAUCGCCCAUCCCACAAACGCAGCAUCAGCACCGACUUCUGAAGUCAGAAAGCAUGCCGGUGCACCUUAGCAAAGAUGUAAGUUCUUGUGGAGCCUCUCAGAUAUCUCUCCCAGCCCAGAUUCACUUGGAUACCCCAGGACACACCUUUAGGACAGUUAGCUCCUCCCCUAGCUGUGAAAGCCUGUCUGGUGGGCGGGACCAUGCAAUGUCUUCCCCUCCUCUUCCUGUGUCGAGAGAGGGACGAGACUCUAGCACAUCAUCCCCGCCCUCUUCCGCAACGAGGAAAGACUCUUUCUUUAAUAUUAGUCGCUCACGGUCACACAGUAAAACCAUAAACAAGAAAGACACGGAGGAGCUAGAAGCCCAAGUGUCGUUUUUACAAGGUCAGAUUAAUGAUCUAGAGGCCAUGAGUAAAUACUGCGCCAAGAUGAUGAACAUGCACAUCGGCAAAAUUCAAGAUGUGAUACUGCAGGAACGUCUGGAGAAGGAAGAUGAAGUUCUGGUGUCACUUGCUGGACUCAAACAGAUUAAGGACAUCCUAAAGGGGUCUCUCAGAUUCAACCAAAGCCAGUUGGAGUCGGAGGAAAAUGAGGAGAUCACUAUUGCCGACGAUCACUACUGUUCUUCUCAGUUUAGUACACUAAUAGACCAGAGUAAUCCAGACGGCUUGUCCACAAACACCGAUGAUUCUACCAGCAGACAACUGAAGGCUCCACAGCAGACCGCCCAGCAAUGAGAAACGGUAGCGGAGAAAGAGGAGAAGAUGUUAAAGGCUGAGUGUGUUCCUACGAUACCAGAGUCACAGGCCACUGAGAGGAGAAACUGGGACGACUACAUCCUGGUCUCGCAGGAUGGAGAGCCAGCCGAGAGUGAGGAGCAAAGCCUGGCCGCCCCAGUACCGCUCUUUAAGCAAGCGCGG